GAACCGGUGAAACAUAUGCAAGUAGCUCUCCCUCACUCAAUCGAAACAGUAUGUGAUGAUUUUUUAACAAACUAUGACGAUGGUUCUAUGGAGAUACCUUCACAAAAACUUUCACAUAAGAAUUGGGGGGAGAGGGAAGAGGUUCUUAGAGAUAUUGCGGUUAGAAUACUUGAUACUUUGUAA